UUGUAGUUCUAGGUUGACAUUGACAUAUGUCAAAUCACUUACAAAAAAAAUACCGCGCUUUUGUAUUUGCUUGAUUUUGUUUGCGUGUUUGUAAUUAAAAUAGAACAUAACAUUAUUAUUAAGAUGGAAAAUAAGCUAGUUAUUGACAAUAUAUUUCACUCUGAAAAAUAUGAUAGUAUAACAGCAUUAGUGAGUCAAUUGCACACUGUGUUGUACAAAAAUUUACAAACAUCAGAUACAAUUACUGCAGAUCUCUUAGAUACCGAGUUCAUAGAAGAAAUAAAGACUGUAACCAGACACACCGACGUGCUUUUAACUUUCGGGACCACAUUGAGGGAGCUAAAAUGUGUUAUAACUGAUGAAUCAGCUUUUAGAGACCAUACAGUUUUCAUACGUUAUGAAGGUCCAAAAAAGUUGUGUGUAAUCGAUGCAUCUAUACCACAUUCGGAACUCCAAGAUAUAGAAUAUAAAAGUAUUAAAGACAUUGUGAAAGCUUUUGAGGAGCACAUAAAUGGGCUAUCCGGUUAUUUUUAUGAAUUGGAGCGCAUUGACCGAAUGUGCACUGUUAUGGAACCUGCAAAGCCAUCAUUUAGAGAUGAUUUUAGAAGAAUAUUGUUAGAUGAUAGGACUUGGCUCCAUGUUGAAGUGACUUCUAAAGGCUGUGCUGCAAACAUUCACCUGCUGGGUCACUCGGAGCACUGGCAUGACAAGUUACAAGCUGGCCUGCUUAACUGGGAUCAUGACAAGGAUAUUGUGGAAAAUAUUACAUCUAUGUUUGUGGUUGGUUGCCUCUUCUGGCGGGCGCCCUCCGGUAUUUGGAGUAGCUUCAGGCAGCUGUCCCACAUGCUUACAUCCUACAACUUGCAAUGAAAACGAUAACUAAAGUAAUAUAACUAUCGGUUUGGAAAAGUCAUAGCUAUAUUAAAGUACCUGUAAAUAGUAUCUAUAUAAAUAUAUUGUUCAACACAU